GGAUCGCAUUCAGAGUCGGAGUGAGCAGGUCUACAAUGCGAAUGUUGAUUAGUUCCGAGUACUGUUGUUAAAAACUGUUGUUGGCGGCGGUUGUGUCGCGUGUGUCUGCCCAGACUCUUUGUGUGUGUGUCGCGCGCGCGUUUUACGUUCUGCGCCGCCUCCUGCCUUGCCUUGCCACCCCCUUGACCCCGACCACCGAUACCGACCCGAACCCGGGCGUCUACAGCGUCUAAAACCCAAAAAAAUGUGUGAAUUUUGUAUAGUGUUUUUGUAAUUACACGGAUAUAUCUCAUGUUGAGAUUUUCGGCAAGGCAUUCGCUUUGAAAAUGCACCCGGGAUACCGAAAAUUGGUGCAAGUGCGUGUGAAAGUGCAACAUCGGCAGCCGCCACAGAAGCAACAAUAUCAAAAGGAAUAGAUAUAUACACAAAAAUAUUCAAAUAAAGUGAAAACAAACAGAAAAGGAGUACAAGGAUACUCGGAGUACGACGAGGAUAGAGCAGAAAAGCAGACGCCGACUUAUCGACGUAGUGCAACGAACUUUUCCGAACGGACCAAGGACUACCAGUAGCCAGUAACCAUUACUAACCACCCACCAAACUGACCCGCUCCUGGGUGUGUUCCGCGACGUCCCGUUGACUCAUCGCUGGAAGCUUGUUUCAGGAAGCUGAACAACCGCCACGGCAUAGCAGCUCAGGAAAAAAAGAGCAGUAGGAAUAUCGAUUUUCCUCCUCCUCCAAACAGUCCCCAUUGAACUGCACUCUGUGCCGAGGGAUAUAAAUAACAGUUAGGCCAUUAAAGGAGGCGUGAGAACUAAAGCAACAGAGUAGGAACAACGGAAAUCUCAGCUCAAGAAACUUCUCAAGGAACAAAAGCCAAUCUCAAAUGAAUUUCACAAGUCGCUCCUCCUGCAAAUGCCCGCACAGCCAAAAGCAUAGCCAUCAGAAGCCCGCGCUCAUCAAGAGUCACACCUGCGCCUAUCAGCUGCAGGACCUGGCCGGCUACAAUCGCGCCCUCAUGCCGCCCCUGGACAACACCGACUUCAGCAGCGCCUGGCGUCAGGUGAACAACAACACGUCCAGCCAGUCCUGCGCCUACCACCAGUCGGAACAGGAUCUGGAGCCGAAGAAGCAGUUCCACUGCCACACCUGCCCCCGUCAGAGGAAAAAGUCCUCCACUCCGGCACCACCACCUCCGCAAAUGUGCCAGCAGCAGCAGCAGAGACGAUCCCGUUCGGCAUCGGCCAAGCCGCGAAGGAACAGCUCCUACCACUCCUACGAUGACCUCGACUCCAGGUCGGCGGUCCUCAACGCGGAGCGCAAGGUGGUGGCCAGCCUGAAGUACCUGUGCGCCUGCACAGGAGCCACUCUGAGGAAUCUCUCCAAGAAGACCAAGGACCUGCAUGCCAAGAACUACACCUAUACGAAGCCCACGUGGCGCCUUUGGGGCGAAGAGCAUGAGAAGAAUGCCAUUUUCACGGUCUACCUGAAGAAGGUGCGAUACCACCGUCCCACGCCCACGGCCAGCAAUGACUCUGAUGAUGAGAUUUCUCAUUUGGAGUGGGAGACCGUGCGAGUCCGGUUCGUUAAGGCGGCGACACUGGCCCGUCUGGUGGAGGCACUCGCCACCGACGACGGGGAGCUGGAGUCGACGUUUAUCAACGUGUUUCUGUCCACCUACCGCACCUUCUCCACGCCCAAGCAGGUGCUCAGUCUGCUGACGCAGCGCUACGACACUCUCCACGAGAAGCACCUGGAGGAGGUGGAGCAGGCCCAGGAGAGCGGCCAGGCCAUGGACCCCGCCUACGAUCCGCACGCCUCCAUACACGAGCAGCACAAGAAGACGUUAGUCUCGGCGCUGCAUGUGUGGCUGGAUGGCUUCCCGGAGGACUGGCACGAGGAGAACCUGCAGCAGAUCUUGGCCUUCGCCACCAAGCGACUGAAGCGUUCCGAUCUGCACAUCAAGGUGCUUAAUCGCCUGGAGCGGCUCAUCCGGCAGACUGUUUACGGCAAUGGCAGUGGCGGAGGCGGUGGCGGCGGCGGAGGAGGUGAAAAUGGACUUUCUUGGCUCUCGGCUGCUGGAACGCAGCAGGUGCAGCAGUUCAUGAUUCCCACCCACUAUGGCUCCUCCUACGACCUGACGGACCAGUUCAACGGGCUGUAUCUCUCGCCAAUGGGUCAUGGACCCAUCUACCGAGGACCGACUCACUUCCUGCAAGCAUUCCGCUUCCCCCAUGUGCCCGUGCGGCACUUUGCCGAGCAGCUGACCCGCAUGGACACGGAGCUCUUUAAGCGACUGAUUCCCCACCAGUGUCUGGGGCAUACGUGGGCGCGGCGGGACAGCGGCGGAUCGGAGACUGUGGUGGCCACCAUUAACCAGUUCAAUGCGGUGCUCUUCCGGGUGGUGUCCAGUAUUCUCAUAGAUCGUCUGAAGCCACAGGAGCGCGCUCUGAAUAUUUCACGUUGGAUUGAUAUUGCCCAGGAGCUGCGCAUGCUCAAGAACUUUAGUUCCCUGAAGGCCAUCAUUUCUGCUUUGAACUCCAAUUCCAUCUACAGGCUAUCCAAGAUCUGGGAGGUCUUGCCCAAAGAGAGAAUGGAAGUCUUCACGGAGCUGGCCCGGAUCUGCUCGGAGGACAACAACGCUUGGACACUGCGAGAGGUGCUGAAGCGAGAGGGUACUGCCAAGAACCCGGAUCCGGCCAGCGAUCAGAGUGAUCGUCACCUGCACAAACUCAUCCAGAACCUUGGAACGCAGACAUCCCACGGUACGAUACCCUACUUGGGUACCUUCCUCACAGACCUAACCAUGAUCCAUACGGCCAAUCCCGACUACCUCACCGAGAACAAGCUCAUCAAUUUCGACAAGAAGCGGAAGGAGUUCGAAGUGCUGGCCCAGAUCAAGCUGCUCCAGGGAGCGGCCAACACCUACAACCUGCAGGCAGACGCCCUCUUCGAUCACUGGUACAACUCGAUGCCGGUCUUUGAUGAGCGGGAGGCCUUCGAGCUAAGCUGCCGUCUGGAGCCGCCCCCACCGGCACCCCGCAAGUCCGUGGUCAGCACGAACACCUCGCUGACGAACACGACCGCCUCGUCGGCUGCCUCCAUAAUGGGCCACCGCAAGACUGACUCCAUCCACUCGAACUCGAGCAGUGGCGCCGGAUCGCAGUUCUACUGUGAGCUGAAUAGCAGCACCAGCUCCAGGCACAACUCCCUGGACCGGGACGCCCACCAUCAGCAUGCUUCCCUCAUGUCCGCCUCGAGCAGUGUGUCCAACUUGUCCCUGGACUCCAGCAACUCCGGCGGCCGCCAGUCCGGCAAGCUGACGCACUCCCAGUCCAUGGGCAAUGGCCUGAAGUCGCAUGGGAAUGGCACCACCAACGGUGGAUCGCCCCAUAUCAACGCCCAGCUGGUGCAGCCGGCGGGCGGAACUCCCCAGUCCGCCCCAGACUUCUACAUCAUCCGGGUGACGUACGAGACGGACAACAUCGAGCUGGACGGAAUAGUGCUCUACAAGAGCAUCAUGCUGGGCAACAACGAGCGGACGCCGCAGGUGAUCCGCAAUGCGAUGCUGAAGCUGGGUCUGGAGGACGAUCCCGAUCGGUUCACGCUGGCGCAGGUGCUGCCGGACAAGGAGCUGGUGAUGCCAAAGAAUGCCAACGUCUACUAUGCGGUGAACACGAACUACAACCUGAACUUCAUACUAAGACCCCGCAAGGACGAGGGUGUGGCGGGCAGCUAGUCGAUGGCCGUGCCCUUGUCCCAGCUAUGGUGUCUGGGAUACGAGGGCGAGGAGUAAGCGUUAAAGAGUAAGGAUCAUGGAGUGCGGAAAAAGGAUUAGGAAGGAACUAGAGGAAGGAUUGUAAAUAGAGUUCGACUCGCACAUGACAAAAGUGGGGAAAACCAAGUUCUAUUUAGUUCGUUUAAGUUAUUUAUUGAAAGCGGAGAGAUAGUUUCGAUGAAUCGAUACUUUAUCGAUAGAUUCCUCUCGAUUAACCCUGUCAAUUAGCGUUUAGCGAAACUUUUGUAAUCUCUGAUUUUUCACCAGGCCUAGAGCUCGAUGGCAUAAGUCGAUGGAAAACCCAAACCAACCCAAAACAUAUAUUUAUAGAGACUCUACUGGAAUAUUUGCUGAUAUUUACACACAUAUGUAUUAUGUAAUACAUAACACUUGAUAUUCUAAAUGUGGUACAAUAAUUUUUUGGAUCUUAAAGCGGAAUAUUAGCAUUCCGCCUUGUAUCUGUACUUUAUUUUGAGGAUUUUCAAAAACACAAAACUAAGUGGAAUAUUUGUAUAGAUGUUUUUACCCACUGUACGUGUAUUAUAAAUACAAAUAUACACUAGCUAUAAGAUACUUAAGAUACAAUAUCCAUUUUUGAAUGUUUCCGAAUGGAGUGCACAAAAACUAAUUACUUUUAGUUGAUAACUAUUAAGAUUAUUAAGAAUGAAGUUGUAAUUGCGUUUUUGUAAGUAACCUACAUACAUUGCAAAGUAAUGAGUUAAGACUCUAUACAGAUAUUUAAAUCUUAAAUACGAUAUAUAUUUAAUUGCAAAGUGAAGUAAAUGAGAAGAAAAACGGAAUAAUAUUGUAAAUACAUUGAUUGGCAGCGAUAGCUUGUGUUCUUCUGCGAAAUAAAUUGUACCAAAAUGAAAAAUAAA